AUGGUUGAUCCAGAUCUGAUUGACGUGCAGAAGUUGUGCCAGAACGCGCAAUUCAAACUCAUGAUUGAGAAAGGCUGGGCGUGGGAGGUGGCCCCAAGUAUCAUUGACGAGCUUUUCCCAGGCUUUGCUCAUGUAGCCCAGAAAGCCUUGAACACCCAGAAUCACAUCGGCACGGAGGUCGGAGAGCUGGAGACUUGCAUGACUUUGGCAGCGAGUGCCAAUGACCCAGGGAUGCGCGAGCUCGCGGGCUGGAAGGACAUGGCUGUCGAGAACGUAGUUUCGCUCAACGUGCCGAGCGCAAAAUACAGCAAGACCUUGCUUGACUUCGUCGAAAGUUUCGGCGUUUUCGCAUCGGAGACCAACCUGCGUCCUUUGAUUCGGGUGGCGGUUGCAAUUGCAAACCUCACGGGGGACAAGGUUGAGGACGGCGCGGCGCGCUUGUUGGUGGAGAAUGACGUCGCGAAGCUCGCCAGUAAGCCUAGGAUGGCUGAAGCAGAUACUGCUGAGCGAAUUCUUGACGAAACCAUGGGUAUCGCAGAGGGGCUCGGCGGCAUCGAUGCGGCGUUGGAGCCGUUAGGGCAGCUAUUCGUGAGGGUUGCGUUGAAGCCCGUGGGAAAGGAGAAGAUGGUUCGGAAGGGCAAGGAGUACAAGUGGGACGACAUAUGCAACGCAUUCUUGCGCAGCCUCAGCUGCCUUAAGGGUCAGACCGUCACGUUCGACGAGUGGGCUAAGCAUGCUGUCUCGAGCGUUGCCACCUCUGCUGCAGCGAAGCCGACUGCAGCUAGCGCGGCGACGCUCGACGACCAGAAGGACCCGACAUGGAUUGCCAAGAGGGCUGGGUAUUCGGUCGGGCUCUUCGUAGUCCAGAAGGCCAUUGCACCUUCGGCCCAGAGGGUUUACACUAUCUUCAGCAUCGGCCAGACUGUCAACCUCCACGAAGCUGUCAACCGCGACGCGGACCGAGAGCCACACACGGCUGAGAUUACCUUGGCCGAUCCCCUUGAGCAGCGGGUUGUUUCGAAAGUUGAGCCGCCAAGGCAGAUUGACGGUGAUCAGCAGCGCCCGCAGCAGCUGUACAUCGACAAGCAGAAGGCUGCUUUGUACCGGGCCUUCCUCGAGCUAGAUGCUAAACACGUGGGCAAGCAUAAGCUGGCCUUCUGGCGGAAGCUGGAUGAGGUUCGGACCACGAGCGCGAUCAAGCAGUACCACGAUACCACGCUUGAGUUGUUCGUGUUGCCUGUGGCGAGGCCGCGCGACAAUGGUGCCACCAAGUGUCAUGAAGCCGCAUUUGUGGCUGCACACUGGUGGGUCGGGACAACCUUCGACAACAAGCAAGCCAAUAUGGCCUCGAGUCAUGUGCCACACGGUGGCUUCACGUUGCCUGUGCUGACCAACGCUGUCGACAUCGGGCCCAACGUAAAGCUCCAGAUGUUCGUCAAGCCAAAGGCUAAGGCGGUGCCGAUCCACGAGCAGAGCGCUAGCGCCAAGAAGCAGAAGAAGUCUUGA